GCUGAAACCUGUUUGAGGAGAAUUCCUUAUAUUGUUCUCACCGUAAAAUCCGAGCAAAUCUAAUAUAAUUUUUUGUUGUUUGUAAUUUGACUGUUGACUGAACACAACAGUUUAGUAGCAGUGCUCAUUGUCGGUGUGUUUUGAUCUGACUGGUGGAGAACUGAUAUCGUGAUCUCCUCUAGCAAAGCUAAAACGAUCACGCGCCCUGAAUCAGUGAGAGUCAUCUAAUUCGUCUUACUUCCACUGUUGGAACACUCCCAUUUCUCAACAGUGAGCGAGCGAGCGACUGAUCUCUUUCGUUCACUGUAAAAGAAGGAAAAAUGAAAAUGGACAUUUCAAUCCCUUCCUCUUUCUCUCAGAAAACCUGCUUUCUGCCUGAACCUUGUUUCCGGUUUCCAGUAACUCGCUACUUCAAUCUGAAAUCCAGAAAUCAAUCCGUAUUUUGGCGCCAAAAUCGUCACUCCUUCUCUCUCAGAGCUCAAACUUCUAACGAUGGCUUUAUCCUCGAAGAUGUCCCUCACUUGACAGAUUUCCUCCCUGAUUCACCUUCUUACCCUAACCCAUUGCACAACAGCCAAGCAUACGCUAUUGUCAAGCAAACUUUCGUGAAACCAGAAGAUUCAGUCGCCGAAACAAUUGUUGUACGGAAAGAUAGUCCUAGAGGGGUUCAUUUUAGGCGUGCAGGACCCCGAGAAAAGGUCUAUUUUACGUCUGAACAAGUGCGUGCUUGCAUUGUGACUUGUGGAGGUUUAUGUCCCGGGAUCAAUACAGUUAUUCGAGAGAUAGUUUGUGGAUUGAACAAUAUGUACGGUGUCACUAAUAUUCUUGGCAUUGAAGGAGGUUAUAGAGGGUUCUACUCCAGAAACACCAUGAACUUGACUCCUAAACUUGUGAAUGAUAUCCAUAAACGUGGUGGUACCUUUCUUCAAACCUCUCGAGGCGGUCAUGAUACUCAGAAGAUAGUUGAUAGUAUCCAGGACAGGAGAAUAAAUCAGGUGUAUAUUAUUGGAGGUGACGGCACCCAGAAAGGAGCAGCUCUAAUCUACAAGGAAGUUGAGAAACGUGGUCUUCCAGUGGCAGUUGCUGGAAUCCCUAAGACGAUUGAUAAUGAUAUUGCUGUGAUAGACAAAUCUUUUGGAUUUGAUACUGCUGUUGAGGAAGCUCAGAGAGCAAUUAAUGCUGCACAUGUGGAGGUUGAAAGUGUGGAAAAUGGAGUUGGAAUAGUUAAACUGAUGGGUAGAUACAGUGGUUUCAUUGCUAUGUUUGCAACUUUGGCAAGUAGAGAUGUGGAUUGUUGCUUGAUUCCAGAAUCUCCAUUCUAUCUGGAAGGCCCAGGCGGGCUCUUUGAAUAUAUUGAACAGCGGCUUAAGGAAAAUGGGCAUUUGGUCAUUGUGAUAGCUGAAGGAGCAGGACAGGAAUAUGUUGCUCAGAGCACACAGGCAAGUGAGGAGAGAGAUGCAUCAGGAAACAGGCUUCUUCUUGAUGUUGGCCUGUGGUUGUCUCAGAACAUUAAGGAGCAUUUUACAAACAUUCAGAAGAUGGCGGUAAAUAUGAAGUAUAUAGAUCCAACAUACAUGAUACGAGCUGUUCCUAGUAAUGCAUCGGACAACAUAUAUUGCACUCUUCUUGCACAAAGUGCUGUUCAUGGAGCCAUGGCUGGAUACACAGGCUUCACGGUUGGACCAGUGAACAGCCGGCAUGCUUAUAUUCCCAUUGCACGUGUGACAGAGGCAACAAACACAGUGAAGGUGACAGAUAGGAUGUGGGCUAGACUACUUGCAUCUACCAAUCAGCCUAGUUUCUUGAUUUCAAAGGAAGUGUUACAAGGAAGAAUUGAUGGAAAUAAAGUUGAAGUGCCAAAUGACAACAUCGAGAUGACUUCUAAUUAAAUUUUGUGGAUCUGAAUUGAAAGCCAAACAGGACAGGUCAGCACCAUCAUGGUGAAAUUCUCUGUUCUUAAUUUGGUAUUCAGAGUAGCACAUACAAAUUUUCACGCAUACAAGUCAAGAAACAUCAUUAGGUGGCUGAGUUCUAUAAUGCUUUGUGCUUUUGCUGCUUUAGGACACACGGUAAUAAGUUAGUCAAUGGCUUCUGCAACAUUACUGAAUCAAAAUAUAUAGCAUGUGUAGAAAGUUAAAAGUUAUUUUAUGCUUUACCUAAUUGAAUUUGCUCGAGUUUAUGAAACUUGCAUAUGCUUUCUAAACUAAGGUGUCUAGUGUUUGAGCUCAGAGUUUCAUCCUGUAAUCGACUGAACAGGUUCUCUUUACCUUAGUUUAAGCACCUACUCGGUCGACAUUUUGACUAGGUGAAACUUCUAAGAAGAGAGUUCCUAUA